AUGCCUCCAAAAGGUGCAAAGCCCACCAAUGAUGAGCUGUUAGCUCAGUUCGAUCUUGACAACCUUGGUGUCGAUCAACCCAAGUCCUCCAAGUCUACAAUCCCGACCGACAAUGCAAAGUCACAGGAAGACUUCCUCGCUGAGCUCGACAACCUCUCUGUCCAGCGACCAAGUAGUGGACCAGGCACCCCACGUCUCUCUGCAGAUAAGCCACGCUCCUCAACACGGUCGCCACGCCCUAGUGCAACCUUUGAUCGAACUGAAGAGAAGGCCCCUCGGGUGUCAGAAGAUGGUCGGUCGUCCCGUGCUGGAGUAAAGCAGGAGCCAAAGGCAGAGGAAAACAUCACACAGCAACAACCCCAACAUGAACAACAGCAGCAGCAGCAGCAGCAGGAGCAAGGUGGUGGAUGGUGGGGAGGUAUCUUUGCAACAGCCAGUGCGGCUAUGAAGCAGGCUGAAGCAGCCGUGAAGGAAAUUCAAAACAAUGAGGAAGCACAGCGCUGGGCCCAGCAAGUAAAGGGCAACGUUGGAGCUCUCCGUGACUUCGGCGGCGAAAUUCGCAACAUGGCUAUCCCCACCUUCACAAACCUCAUUCAUACCCUCGCCCCUCCCAUCUCAUCGCACGAACGUCUCCAGAUCCAUGUGACUCACGACUUCUCUGGAUACCCGGGCGUCGACCCCCUCGUCUACGCCGUGUUCUCACGAGUCAUGUCUCAAGUCGAGGGUGGCGAUCUCCUCGUCAUCCAGCGAGGUCAAGAGUUCGCCCCGAAGCGCGGUCUUGACGUUGGUGGCUACAUUUCGACUGCGGGCUGGGGUGACGGACCCUGGUGGCGCACCGUGACACCGGGCAACCCACGCACAAUCAACGCUGUUCCUGGCACUGUUGAGGCGUCCAAGCUGGCUCGCGCUAGCGCCGAAGGCUAUGCUACAGAGUACUUCUCGACCCGAGGUGGAAUCGAGGGGGCGGCCAAACAGGCGAGUGAGAUUCUGAGCGAAUCAAACCCUGUGCGUAGCAGUGAUAUUUUCCUCGCUAUUCAGGCUAUCCGUCAGUCGGUGCCGGAAGAUCUGUUCCAGGCCGGUGCUUCAGGUGAGAAGGAGACCGAGUCUGGUGCUGUUGAAGUUCCGGAGGCCGAUGAGGAGAUCUCCUUUGCGCUCUAUCUCCAUGACCCCGUGCAUGGCAUUGCUUUCCACACCAUCUCCCAGUCUGUGCCUGCCAAGUGGGUUGAGUGGCUUGAUGCGCCCGCGCCCGCGGCCGAGAACUUCGAGGGCGAUGGUGCUUACGUGGCCCAUGCUGAGGUGCCCGAAGCUAUCGUUGAGAUUAUUGAGAGUGGCGGUGUCGAUCCUCGCGAGUGGGUCGCGGAGUGGAUCGAGGAGACUCUUUCGCUGGCGGCGGGCGUUGUUGCACAGCGUUACGUGGCUCGCCGCAUGGGCGUUGGUGAGGGUGGCGCUGGAAAGGGCAAGAUGCGCGCGGAACUGGCAUCUACCGUCGAGAGCGGCGCUGGUGAAGCCGCUCGCGCAAUCUAG